GUACUUAAUUUUAUUAUCCUUUCAUAUUUUAUUAUUAUUAUUAUCACUCCACGUGACACAUAUAUCGGUGACCAAAAAGUCAAAACAAAUCAAAACCGGUAAAAACCGGCACAAACACCACCACCACCACCACCGGCGGCAUCAACCUUUAACCGGAAGAUCAGUAUUCAGUCAUGGCGACCUUCAUCAACCUCUCAUCUUCUCCUAAUUCUUCCACACUAUUCUCCAAUAACAAACACCAUCCCUACAUCAGUAACCAACUCAAGAGUGAUUGGGGUUAUGGGAGGUUACGGUUGCUGCGAGUCAAGUGUUUGAAUGAGCCGAAUAGAGAUACUGUGGAAUCUGAAGCUAAGUUGGUGGGUUCUGGUGGUUCAGGCAUUUCGUCAUACAGUUGGUGUGCAGCACUUGGAGGGUUAGGGUUUGUUGAAACCGGUUACUUGAGUUACUUAAAGUUGACCGGUUCAGAUGCAUUCUGUCCGGUUGGAGGUGGUUCCUGUGGUGAUAUACUUAAUAGUGAUUAUGCUCUUGUUUAUGGUAUUCCUCUUCCGUUGAUUGGAAUGUUUGCAUACGGGGCUGCAACGUUUCUCGCGUUAAAGUUGGCUUCAAAGGACUUGCCUUUCGGAAUCGAUCAAAGUAAUGGCGGAUUAAUUUUACUCGGGACGACUACCGCAAUGGCAACCGCAAGUGCAUACUUUUUGUACAUUUUAAACACACAAUUUCCAGGAGCCUCGUGUUCUUAUUGUUUAGCGUCUGUUGUCUUAUCAUUCUCCUUGUUCCUCACUACUGCCAAGAAUUUGGGCUGGCAAAAGGUCCGAGACGAAGUGGGUUUGCAGUUGUGCAUAGCUGGUCUGGUUUUUGCCGCUCUUAACAACUCGUAUAGUGCGACGCUUUCUCCCCCUGCACGCUUUGGGGAGCAAUUCCUGCCGUACUAUCCAACUGAGAUAAAGGCUCCAUCAAGUCCUUUAGCUCUUAAACUUGCAACACAUUUGCGUUCGGUUGGAGCUAAAAUGUAUGGAGCUUUCUGGUGUUCACACUGUUUAGAACAGAAAGAGAUGUUCGGACGUGAAGCAGCAAAGCUGAUAGACUAUGCCGAAUGCUUCCCGGAUGGAUUCAAAUCCGGAACGGAAUUAAGUAAGGAAUGUAAGAAAAUCAAAAUUGAAGGGUUUCCAAUGUGGGUGAUCAACGGUCAGGUAUAUAAAGGACUUCAAGAAUUCCCAGAACUUGCUAAAGCAUCGGGAUUCGAAGCCGGUGAAUUCAGUGGAGAACUAGCAGAGCUUGCUAAACAAUCUGCUGAGGCCAACAUGCAACCAUGAUGUAUGUACAUAACAUGUAUUGUUUUGUUGUAUCUCAUUCCAUGUGAAAGCUCUGUUUCACGUACAUACAUGGAAUUUCGUAGGGCUUCAUUGAGUUAGUAUUUUCGCGAAAUGCCGUGUUUAAUUAUGUACGAAGUUGUAGUAACAGGUCUAGAAAUUUCAGCUUUGUUGUAAUGCAACAUGUCCUGGUUGUGUCGUGGACGUUUUAGUUAUUAGUUUACACUUUGGAAACUA